GAAGCGGAAGAUAUCCAGAUGACUACAAACAAGUUAUAGACAAAUAUGGAGAUAAAAUACAUCUUCUACACAUUAACAACGUAAUGAAAAAAAGAAAAAUUAAACAAAAAGACAGAUCUGUGAAAAAGAUAAAAGCAACAAUAUUCGGCUUUGAACAAGAUGUCCAUGCACUACUGCUACAAGGCCAAUUAUCACAAGAAAUAUUUAAAAUGCUAGCAACACAUCCCAAAUAUGUUAAACCUGAUGACACACUCCAGACUGAUGAUUUAUUAUUUAAAACAGAGUUUCAAAAAAUAGAAGAACUAGAGAAAGAAAAAGCCUCACAAACACAAAGUAAGUAUGAAGCACCAGAAAUA